CCUACACUACAGAGUGCAUUUAAACACGCACUACGGAGUGAUUUGGGAUUGUCCCUCAGCAGCUUCCGUCCGCGGCUACACACACAACUAGUUAUCUUAUGCAGAAUUGCUGUUGAUCGCUCUAAAUAAUACAACAAGAUGGCUGGCAGGACCAUGCAAGCGGCACGAUGUCCGACUGACGAACUCUCGCUGACCAACUGUGUGGUAGCCAAUGAGAAGGACUAUAAGUCAGGACAGCACGUGAUGAUCAGGACCACGCCCACACACAAGUACGUCUUCACUGUGAGGACGUAUCAGAGCGUGGUGCCUGGAACCCUCGCCUUCAGCUUACCACAGAGGAAAUGGGCAGGUCUCUCCCUCAAUCAGGAUGUGGAAGUCAGCAUUUACAACUUCGAUCCGUCCAAGCAGUACGUCGGAACUGUGAGUCUGGAAAUUGACUUCCUGCAGAAGAAGAACGCAGACAGCAACUCUUACGACUCGGACAAGAUGGCCAUCGAGUUCAUUCAGAGUUUUAACUCCCAGGCGUUCUGCUUGGGCCAGCAGUUUGUGUUAAGCUUCUGUGACAAGCUCUUCCUCCUGGUAAUUAAAGACAUGGAGGCGAUGGAUCCCGGCAUCCUGAAGGGCGAGAGCUCCAGCAAGAAAAACAAGAUCGAGAUCGGCUUGUUGCACGGUAACAGUCAGGUGAUUUUUGAAAAGGCAGAGAGUUCCUCCAUCAUCCUGAUUGGCAAGGCCAAGUCUAGAGGCACACGACAGUCCAUCAUUAACCCUGACUGGAACUUCGAGCGGAUGGGAAUCGGAGGCCUGGAUAAGGAAUUCUCUGACAUCUUCCGCAGAGCCUUUGCCUCGCGCGUUUUCCCUCCAGAUAUUGUGGAGCAGAUGGGUUGUAAGCAUGUUAAAGGUAUUCUGCUGUUCGGGCCUCCUGGCUGCGGUAAGACACUGAUGGCACGUCAGAUUGGAAAGAUGCUGAACGCCAGAGAGCCCAAGGUGGUCAACGGCCCCGAGAUCCUCAACAAAUAUGUAGGAGAGUCAGAGGCCAACAUCAGGAAACUGUUUGCUGAUGCAGAGGAUGAGCAGAAAAGGCUGGGAGCCAACAGUGGCCUGCAUAUCAUAAUUUUUGACGAGAUCGAUGCCAUUUGCAAGCAGCGAGGCAGCAUGGCGGGCAGCACCGGCGUCCACGACACCGUCGUCAACCAGCUGCUGUCUAAAAUCGACGGCGUUGAGCAACUCAACAACAUCCUGGUUAUAGGCAUGACUAAUCGACCCGACCUGAUCGACGAAGCUCUGCUCAGACCUGGAAGACUGGAGGUCAAGAUGGAAAUCGGUCUGCCGGAUGAGACCGGUCGUGUCCAGAUCCUGAACAUCCACACAGCUAAAAUGCGACAGUCCCACAUGCUGGGGGCCGACGUGGACAUCAAGGAGCUGGCUGUCGGGACCAAGAACUACAGCGGGGCGGAGUUAGAGGGACUCGUACGAGCGGCACAGUCUACUGCCAUGAACCGUCACAUCAAGGCCACUAAUCUGGUAGAGGUGGACACUGAAAAGGCUCAUUUGCUGCAGGUCAGCCGGAGUGACUUCUUGGCAUCUUUGAAUAACGACAUCAAACCCGCGUUUGGCACCAAUCAGGAGGAUUACACCAGCUACAUCCUGAAUGGCAUUGUGAAGUGGAGUAACGCCGUGUCUGACAUCUUGGGAGACGGAGAGCUGCUGGUGCAGCAGACUAAGAACAGUGAACGCACCCCACUAGUGACGGUGCUGCUGGAAGGUCCACCUCACAGCGGUAAAACCGCUCUGGCAGCUAAAAUCGCCGAGGAAUCACAGUUUCCCUUCAUCAAAAUCUGCUCUCCAGACAAGAUGAUCGGCCACUCGGAGAUCGCCAAGUGCCAGGCCAUCAAGAAGAUAUUUGAUGAUGCCUAUAAGUCUCAGCUGAGCUGCGUUUUGGUGGACGAUAUCGAGCGGCUCUUGGAAUUUGUCCCGAUCGGACCUCGUUUCUCAAACUCCGUUCUGCAGGCCCUGUUAGUGCUGCUGAAGAAGGUGCCUCCUCAUGGUCGUAAGCUGCUGAUCUUGGGAACCACCAGUCGUAAGGACGUGCUACAGGAGAUGGGGAUGCUGGACGCCUUCAGCACAACCAUCCACAUCCCCAACAUCUCCAGAGGAGAGCACCUGAUGGAGGCACUGGAGCUGCUGGGAGGCUUCCAAGAAGACGAACGUGUGCAAAUUGCCAAGGAAGUGAAAGGCAAAGGAGUGUGGCUCGGCAUUAAGAAGCUUCAAAUGCUCAUUGAGAUGUCCCUGCAGAUGCCGAAUCAAUACAGAGUUAAGAAGUUUUUGUCUUUGCUGACAGAAGAGGGCGCAUUGGGCUCCGAUAAGCACUUGAUGUUAUAAAGGACCGCCGCUGGAGCACGGACACACGCUCACAGGCUGUCACGGAACUUAGCAUUGUGUCGUGUCCUGAUGUGAUGUGUGCUGCUGCUGAAUCGACGCCAUCACUCUGUCCUGUCCAACACAAGCUCUGAUGAUUAGCAACUCCACCGAACUGCACAUGGACGCUGGUGUGUAUAAACACGCUGCAGCGAUCAGUGCUACGAUGGUGAAAGCUUCCCAUCGAAACCGGGCGUGUGUGUGUGUGAGAGCGUGUGUGUGAGAGCGUGUGUAUGUUUGUAUAUAGUAAGGUAUGCUAAUCGAUCAGUGUGUGUAUGCAAACACUAGGCAUUAAACAUUCCUGUUUAAUCUGAAGCGAUGCCUUAGUCUUAAUCCCGUUCAUUUGAAGUUAUAGAGAGACUUAGAUUUGUAUUUUUAGCUCCGUGAUUGACUGUAGGCUUGUGAGAUGAAAUCAUAUAAUUAUCCUUAUAUAAUAUUACACAAUAGCCAGUGACCUUCGUUGUCUGUAAUUAUCUUUAUUAUAUAAUGAACCAUUAUGGAUUUAGCCACGCAAGACAAACACUUUACAGUACAAUUUAUUUAUUUUGUUACUUAGAUUGAACUCUUUAUUAUUAUUAUUAUUAUUAUUAUUAUUAUUAUUAAUUUUUUUUUUUUUUUUUUUUUUAAAUUUAAUAAUUAUAUGCUGGAUGGUGGAUUUUUAGGUGCUGAUUAGUGGUGGUGAUGAUGAUGAUGGCUACUAUUAUUAUUAUUAUUAUUAUUAUUAAUAAUAAUAUUAUUAAUAUUCCACCCUCCUCUAUUCUUCUUAAACCUUAAACAAUAUAAAUUCAUCUUCUUUCAGUUGUUUUUCCACUAAAUCGUUUAUCGAGAUUUUUUUUUUUUUAUCCAGGAACUGGAUCUCAAGAGCAAUAAACAUCUCACAAGCCUAAUACACUGUUUUCUCUCAUGCAGUGUAUUGCAUAAACAUGUCUAAUACACAGCACAGUCUGAUUAAUCUAAUCUUUUUUUGUUUGUUGUUUGUUAAGGCGUAUGUUCUCUAAGAAUCUCCAGGAACAGGUGUAUUUAUACUGAGGUCAGGUCACGUGUCGACUCUGUUUCACGAAUUUCAUGCUUUCUGAUUAAAAACUAGAUCUUUUACUUUUUUUUUUUUUUAUUUCUGUGGGAAUAAAGUUAAACUGUUUACUUUUUUUUUUUUUAUUUAAAUAAAUAAUUUUUUUCUCAUGCUGCUUUGUUUGCACUACCGGUCAAAAGUUUGUGGUCUGCCUGAUUCAUUUUUCCAUGAAGUUUUCCAUGAAAAUGAUUAAAGUGAACUGUAAACUGAACACGUAGUUAAGACAUUAAUGAGGUUCGCAUUUAAAGCCUUGAAGCCCUUUUGGCAAACUAGCUAUCAGUUUGUUGAAGAAAUCUGAGGAAAUCUCACUCCAUGCUUCCUGAAGCACCUCCCACAUGUAUGACUGGAUCGACGGACACUUUUCCAUCCAGAUGAAGGUCUCCUUUUGAGUCUCUCAAGGUUUCUUCUUUCUAUCGUCUCAGGAAGUUUUUUUUCUCACCCCCGUCACCUCUUGCUUGUUCAUCGGGGAUCAUUUAAAUCUUGAAUUUUUACAAAUCUUACAAAGCUGCUUUGAAUUCACUGUAAAAAUCGCUAUAACAAUAAAGUUUGAUUUGCGUUAAAUAGAA